AUGAUUAAUGAAAGCGAUUUCCAGAUACAGCAAUGCGUGAAAACAUAUCCAAACUAUUACUUAAAUACCGGUAUCCUUACAGCUACCGGUCAGCCUGUCUUAAUUAAGCAAUUAAAGAAAAAAUUAACAACAAAACAAGAAAAACAACGAUAUUCACGUGAAGUUCAAAUACUUCGUUCAUUCAAUACACCAUACAUUUGUGGAAUCGUUGGUUUUCAGAACAAUACAUCAACAACACCCGUAAUAUUGUUUAAUAAUUAUAUUAAUGGUACUCUUGAUGGUGCAUUCAAGAACAAUUCUAUACCAGGACCAACUGAAGUAUUGAUUAUAGCAUCCGGAAUUGCAUCAGGAAUGAGAACUCUCCACUCAAGAAACGUAAUUCACAGAAAUCUAAAUCCUUCCGGCAUUUUUCUGAAUGAAAAGUUCGAGCCUUCCAUUGGUGAUUUUGAAUUCUCUAAAUUCACAGAUACAAGUAAAUACCAAUCCAUAAUUAUUGGAACUCCUCUCUGGAUGGCUCCAGAACUAUUAGAAGCGUCCGAACAAUAUACACCAGCAAUUGAUGUUUAUGCAUAUGGUAUGAUCCUUUAUCAAUUAAUUACAAACCAAGCGCCAUAUGGCGGAAAUAUCACAAUUGGCCAAUUAUUUGACUUGUUAGUUAAGAACCAAUUACCACAAAUUCCACCACAAGUACCAGAAAUCUUUUCAAAUCUUAUUAAAUCAUGUUUGAAUUAUAAUCCAAAGCAAAGACCAUCAUUUAAUGAUAUUAUCGAGGUUCUUUCGAAACCAGAUGCAAUACUACCAGGUACAGAUCAACAGAAACUCUCAGAAUACCAACACAGAGCGUUUUCUGACAUCGAUGACUUAUUAGCCAAAGGAAACCUCGCAUUCGCUAACGGUGAUAAAGCUACAGCCAUAGAGAUCUAUACCAAGGCUGCAGAAAAGGGUGCAGCCAUUGCUUAUUAUUAUCUCGGUUCAAUUCAACCUGAAAAGGAAAUUGAGUACUUUACUUUAGCCGCCGAGAACGGCUACACCGAAGCCGCAAUUGUCGCUGGCGAAAAACUCAUUAAAUCGAAUCCGGACGAAGCAUUUAGAUUAUUCAAACUUGCAGCGGACAGAGGCGACGCAGCAGGUGAGUUUUCACUUGGCAUAAGCUAUGCUAAGGGAAUUGGAACAGAAGUCGACCAAGAAAAGGCAAUAAAUUAUCUUAAAAUGGCUGCUGACAAAGGACACGCCGGAGCACAAUAUUCGGUUGGUCUGAAGCUUAGUCAGACCGAUCCCGAUGAAAGCAGACGAUAUUACGAAAUGGCCGCAGAUCAAAAUCACAUUUUGUCGAUUAUGGAGCUUGCCAAGCAAAGCGACGACCAAGAAGCUCUUAUUCUAUACGCAAGAGCCUCAAAGCUUGGUGAUUUGCUCGCUUCUUUCAAGGCCGGCGAAAUUUUAUACAGAUAUAACAGACCACGUGAUGCAGCACGCUUCCUAAGGCUCGCAGCAGAAGGCGGACACACUGAGAGCCAAUAUCUCUGCGGCUGCAUCCUUCUAUCCGGAAACGGAGUCAAAAAAGACUGUCAAAAAGCCGCAGUUUUUCUGAAAUACGCCGCAGACGCAGGAAAUGUCGACGCCUGCUUCUUGUGUAGCAAAUUGCUAUCAGAAGGAAACGGCGUCAAAAAAGACGCUAAAAAAGCUAUGUAUUACUUCAGAAAAGCAGCAGAAGGAGGCCACGAUGAGGCACUUUUCAGAGCUGGAAUUUUAUUUUCUGACGGUGAAGAAUUUCUGAUGAAAAGUGAAGUAAAAGGUGACACCCGGGCCAUGUUAGAACUCGGAUCACUUUGUGAGCAGAGGAAUGAAUACGAAAAGGCUAUUGAACAUUAUAAGAAGGGUGUUGAGAAAAACGAUUCAGAUUGUAUCUGCUCAUUAGGCGUUUUAUACGAAAACGGACGUGGAACCCAGCAAGAUGAGCAGGAGGCAAUGAAUCUUUAUAGGAGAGCGGCCUUGGAUGGCUCUUCUUUGGGUCAAUAUAAUUAUGCGGUCUUACUGCAGAAGAAAGGAGACCUCGAACAGGCCACAAAGUUCUAUAAAAUGGCCGCAGAUAGAGGCGAUCCCGAUGCACAAUUGAGCUACGCCAACUUAAUGGCUCCAAAUGAUAUAAAUGAAGCGGCAAAGUACGCAGAACUGAGCGCAGACCAAGGAAAUAGUAAAGCUCAGUGCCUAUUUGGACAGCUCCUCUACAUAGGAAGAGGUGUUCAAAUGGAUAAAAAGAGAGCUAAAACAUACCUCGAAUCUAGUGCAAAACAAGGAUAUGAGAGAGCUGUUAAACUCGUAAGAGAGCUUGAUUUCCAUUAG